AUGUCGGCCGCCGUAAAGACCGUGGCUCCCAGCCACACAGGCAGCAAACACUCAUCCAGAUCCUCGUCGAAGUCCUCAUCCAUCAACAGCGGCGCAAACCGUACCGCGAACGAUGUGAUUGAACGUAUCCACGCAGCCGAAACACGUUCUAUCCGCCCGCGUUCGCACGCAGGAUCCCUCGUCCUAGCACAUCCACACGAUCCCCGCUCCGUAGACGACAUCAACGCAGAAAUCGCCGCACUAGAAGCAGAAUCUCGCGCAAGACAUCUGGAGCGCAAGGCAGAGAGUGAGCGGGAGCUUGCGAUGAGCAUUCGCGCGCCGGAGUACGAUAUUGUCGAAGAAAGACAGGUCAUACGGCGGCCGAGGGAGGAGGAGAUUGUGCUUUUCGAGAGAGAUCGUGUUGAGAGGAGGAAGAGUCCGCCGAGGAAUGUUGUCCGCGUGGAGAAGGAUCGGAAGGGAAGGAUGGCGCUUGUGAGAUCUUCUCACUAG